AUGUCCAAGCUGGACCAUCUUGGCGUGGCACCCAUGAGGACAGCUUCGGGGUGGCGAGGUGGGGAAGCACUGCGCUUGGUCCAGUUACCUGCCACCAGCAACGUGCCAGAGAAUUCUCCACCUGCGACGGUCGUGCACGAGUUUUCUGUGAAUUUGUCCGCGUCCUUGUCACCUGUGGUCCCAGGCUUUCCGGUGAUCAUCAACUCGAGUCCCUUCACCGAAGCCUUUGCGGUGAAUGCGCUGUCAGGGACCGACUUUGAGGUUGUCACCACUGGGAAGGAACAACUAGAUUUUGAAACGGGACCAAAAUCAUUUGAUUUGCAGAUUUAUGUUAAGGACGACGUUGGUGUCACAGACCUGCAGGUCCUGACUGUUCAGGUGACAGAUGUGAACGAGCCUCCCCGGUUUCAAGGCAACUUGGCGCAAGGUUUCAACCUCUACGUAGUGGAAAGAGAAAAGCCGGGGUUCAUUUACCAGGUGGAGGCCUUUGACCCGGAAGACACAACCCAGAACGCGCCCCUCAGUUACUUCCUGCUUUCUCCCUCGAAGAACUUUAGGAUGUCAGCUAACGGCACCCUGUUCUCCACAACCGAACUGGACUUUGAAGCAGGACACAAAAGUUUCCAUCUUGUCGUGGGAGUGAGGGACAGUGAGGGCCUUGACGCCUCUGCGGUUCUCCAGGUGACCAUUGUGAACAUCAACGACGAGAGCCCGCGCUUUACCAGCCCAAGGAGAGCGUUUUUCAUCCCAGAGGAGCUGCGUCCAGGAACCAUAGUGGCCAACAUCACCGCAGAGGACCCGGACGAUGCAGGCUUCCCCGGCCACCUCCUCUACAGCAUCACCACCAUUAACAGCUACUUUGUGAUAGACCCGCUGACCGGGGCGAUCCAAGUGGCCCAGAGGCUAGACCGAGAUGCGGGCGAGCUACGGCAGAAUCCCACGAUCUCUCUGGAAGUUCUGGUGAAGGACAAACCCUCUGGGGGUCAUGAGAACCGUAUGCAGAUAACCUUCACUGUGGAAGACAUCAAUGACCACCCUGCUACAUGCAGGAAGCUCACCUUCAGCAUUAUGGUGAGUGAAAGAGCAGCCAACGGGACUUUGCUCCUGGACCUGAACAAGUUCUGCUUCGAUGGUGACAGCGAAGCCCCGAACAACAGACUCCACUUCUCCCCGCCAUCUGCAGUGGGGAGCAGCCGCCGAGUUUUACAGCUUCCAGCUGGCUCCGGGAGCGUCGUGUUGAUCGGUGAUCUAGAUUAUGAAAAUCCAAGUAAUCUAGCAGCCGGCAAUAAAUACACUGUGGUAAUCCAGGUGCAAGACGCUGCCCCUCCUUACUACAAAAACAACGUCUACGUGACUAUCCUGACAAUCCCGGAAAAUGAAUUUCCUCUCGUCUUUGAUAGACCUUCCUAUGUGUUUAAUGUGUCAGAAGUGAGUCCAGCUCGAACCCGGGUCGGUCAGGUCCGAGCGGCCGACGCAGACUUCCCCCAGAGCAGCGUGGUGUACUCCAUGUCCAGCGGCGGGGCCAGCCGCCAGCACCCAACCAUAUUUUGGAUUAAUCCCAAGACGGGGGAACUCCAGCUCGUAACGAAAGCAGACCAUGAGACCACCUCCUCGUACAAUCUCAGAAUCCAGGCCACCAAUGGCGAGGACACAAGCUCAGUCACCGUCACUGUGAACAUUGUUGGAGAAAAUGAUGAAAAGCCAAUAUGUUCCCCAGAUCAUUACUUCCUGGCCAUCCCGGUGGACCUGAGAGCCGGCACAAACAUUCAGAAUUUCAAGCUGACGUGUACCGACCUUGAUUCCAGCCCCACGUCCUUCCGCUACUCCAUCGGCGCAGGCAACAUCAACAGUCAUUUCACCUUUUCUCCCAAUGCCGGUUCCAAUGUCACCCGCCUGCUGCUGGCAUCCGGCUUCGACUACGCUGGUGGCCUUGAUACGAUCUGGGACUACAAGCUGCUUGUCUACAUAACUGAUGACAACUUGCUGUCUGGCAGGACGAAAGCGGAGGCUCUUGUUGAAACAGGGACUGUGACACUGAGUAUUAAAGUCAUUCCCCACCCAACCACCAUCAUCACCACAACUGCCCAGCCCAGGGUCACCUACCACAUCCUCAGGGAGAAUGUGUUCUCUGUGUCCGCCUGGUACGUGCCUUUCAUCAUCACCCUGGGCUCCGCCCUGCUUCUGGGUCUCCUGGGGUCCCUGAUGGUCCUGUUGGCUAAAGCUCUCCACAGACACUGCCACUGCAAGACCAGGAAAGACAAGCACCCCCGGGCAAAGGAAGUAGACUUGAAGAACGUGAAGGAAGACGUGGUGAUGGAGUCAAUCCAGGUGAACACUGUCUUUGAUGGAGAAGCCAUAGACCCAGUGACUGGAGAAAUAUAUGAAUUCAACUCAAAAACUGGAGCCAGGAAAUGGAAGACUCCAUUAACCCAACCUCCAAACUGGACAGAGCCCAGCUUCCAGCGCAGACGGACUGCUGAAGAAGGGACAGGGCCACCGCGGAGCACUGGGCGGGAAGGAGACUAG